AUGCCCCCCACCGCAACAAGCGCAGGGCUGCCGUUUGGGCUGGACCCCCCUCUUUCGCAGCGGCUGAGUGCGGACCGCGUGUACAACCCGGGGUCGGCCCUGCUGGGGCCCUUCCAGCUGUACUACCCGCAGUGGCUCUUUGGCACCUGGACCGUCACAGCGAAACUGACGGGCUUCAAGGCGCCGCUGGGGGAGCGAUUCAUCUCCACCGGGCUGGCGCGAGAGGUGGCAGAUCCCCGCUACGGCGUGGGCUCGGCGGUGCAAUACGAGGCGCGCUUCUACAGCACGCUGCCCGACACAUGGGCCAACAAGCUGCGCGUCACGGCGGGGCAGCUGCCGGAGAGUGCCAUCAUUGCAGACAGGGCAUUCAAUGCAAAGUCGCUUAUGGAGGCCAGCCUGGGCUACGGCGGCGUGCAGGAGUCGGUGUACGAUCCACGUGGCAGCCCCACGCGGCAGACCAUCGUGCUGAGCCCCAGCGGGCCGCAGGGGCAGCCGCUCGGGCCGCGCAGGCUGGAGCUGUACAUCAACAACAGGUUCAGCGAGAGCGACGCCGCUGGCGACUUCGUGUGCGCCGAGUUGUUCCGGCGGGUCAAGCUGGGCGUGCGCCAGGUCGACGUGGCGGACUCCGAGGCCAUUUACCGCUUCCACCGCGAGUCCGACGACCGCAUCACGGGGAGCAAGCGGCGAGCCAUCUACCUGCAACCGCAGGACGAGCUCUACUUCGAGGCUGGCAACUGCGCGGUCGCCCUUCUCGACUACGCCCUGGUGCUGCAGCGCGUGGACCCCGGCCAAGACUGCGUCCUCACGCCCAAGGGAGUCACCCAGUGCGUCGGCCCGGGCGGCUGACGCAGCACCUCGACGUGCCACGGGGCUUGGGCAGGUCUUCUUUUCGCAAUGCGGAACAUUGUCAAAAGAGGUGUAGUUAGCGAGCUGAGCUGUGGCCAUGAUCAAAGCACGCGCAUGCAGAUUGACCAGACUCCUUGAUCUCCCCAACCAUUGCGUCACACCUGGUUGAAUUCAACCGUGUUAAGCGUCCCAUUGACAAUGGACGCUUGUGGUAACCAACCCGAUGCACUGGCAAUUUGGCGACAAAUUGUGUCUUGCAAUCUCAGACGGCACUUCUGCG